GGCCCCAGAACCCUCCGGGGCUGCGGCGGCCUCCCGAGAGAGCAGCCUGCGGAGAGAGCAGCCUGCGGAGAGAGCGGGCGGCGCGGCGCGGCGAGUGCUUCCCGAGCCCCCGCGCCCUGACGGAAGGAAGCGUCGCAGCGGCCAGGAUGGGCUGCCGGGAGGUUCAUGCGGCCACGGUGCUGGCCUUCCUGAGCGGGACGGCGUCGGUGGCCGGGCUGCUGGCGGCGGUGCUGCUGCCCAACUGGCGGCAGAUGCGGCUCUGCACCUUCAACCGGAACGAGCGGAACCUGACGGUGUUCACGGGGCUGUGGAUCAAGUGUGCGCGCUUCGACGGCAGCCGCGACUGCGUCAGCUACGACCCGCAGUGGUACCGCGCCGUGGACCAGCUGGACCUGCGCGUCCUGCAAUUCGCGCUGCCCCUCAGCAUGGCCACGGCGGCCGCGGCGCUGCUGCUCUGCCUGGUCGGCAUGUGCCACACGGCCUUCGUGUCCAGCGCGCCCAACGUCAAGCUGGCCAGGUGCCUGGUCAACAGCGCGGGCUGUCACCUGGUGGCAGGGCUGCUGUUCCUGCUGGCCUGUACCAUCUGCCUCACUCCCUCCAUCUGGGUCAUCUUCUACAACAGCUACCUGAACAGGAAGUAUGAGCCCAUCUUCAGCUUCGACAUCUCCGUCUUCAUCGCCAUCGCCAGCGCCGGCGGGCUCUUCUUCACCUCCGUGCUGCUCUUCCUCUGGUACUGUGCCUGCAAGAGCCUCCCCUCUCCCUUCUGGCAUCCCCUCUACUCGCACCCCCCCAGCAUGCACAGCUACGCCCCGCAGCCCUACUCUGCCCGCUCGCGCCUGUCUGCCAUGGAGAUGGACAUGCCCGUGGUCACGCACACCUCCUAAGGGACGGCAGCCGAGCUGUGCGCCUGCCGGGCACGGCUGCAGCCUGCACUCUGCUGCCUUGCACUCAGCCUGACCACUCGGAAGGCUCAAGUUCCCCAUAGUGCACAGCAGUGGAGAUCAGAGUUUAAUGGCAGGAUCAUGGCACGGUGGGGUUGGAAGGGACCUCUGGAGAUCAGUGAGUCAAAGCCCCUUGCUAGAGCUGGGUCACCCAGAGAAGGUCACACAGGAACAAAUUCAGGUGGGUUUGGGAUGUCUCCAGCAGUGGAGACUCCACCACCUCUCUGGGCAGCCUGCCUCAGGGCUCCAGCAUCUUUAAAGAAGCUCCUCCUUGUGUUUAGAUGGAGCUUCUCCCAUUCCAGUUGGUGCCUGUUACCCACUGUCUUGUCACUGGGUGCUGCUGAACCAAGCCUGGUCCCAGGUCAGAAAGUCCAUUGCUGUUCUGUUACUUCCUGACCCACCUUUGCUGUGUUUAAGCUCUGAGCUCAGCCUAGAGGCUGCUGCUGUAGAUGCUGGGGCAGCACAUUGAGAACAACAGCUGCUCAUUCUGCUCUCUGGAUCCCAGCAGCUUUGGAGCUCUGUUGUUUGAUAUGCUGUCAGGCACUGAUCCACAGGCAGUAGCUGCAUGAGAGGACCUCUGCACCCAGAUGCAGACUGUGGUGUCUGAGAAGGACAUUUGGCAGAGCAGCUCUGUAGCGCUCUUCUCCACACAAAGCCACCUGCUGAGCCACUUCUGCAGCAGCUGGUGUCAAAUCACCCUGGGACUUGCCAGCAGAAGGAGGAAAAGGGAUGUAAGGUUUGAUGUCCUCCUGGAGCAGCACCUGGUGAGUGCCUGAAGCUGGACACUUCUGUGAGGUUUGUUUCUAGUCUGGGUUUUAAUAAGUUGGCAAAUUCAUCACACCUAUUCUGUGACUGAGAAUCCACUCCUGCUUCAAAAGCCUCCUUAGAAACUGGACUGGUGUGUCUGGAGGCCAUCUAAAGGUGGAUUCUCAAGCAGGCUUUAGAGUGCUCAGCAGUGCCAGCUGGAUUAGUAAACCAUGCAGAGCGGUGAAGACUGACAGAUUCUUCUGGAACACUACACAGGCUCCACAGCAUCUCUCCAGGGGCUGCAGCCCUUCAGGAGAGUCUUUUAAUUCCAGAGUUAGUUUAUUUUUCAUGUGUACAUAGGAGCAGUACUGGACUUGUGGAUUCUUCAGAGAUGAUCUUCAUGGCUGUUGGACUUCUUAGGCUCAUUGAGUUGCUGAUUAAGGCUUAAUCUGGUCAGCCAACUUUUGCAGCACCUUUCAGGUUGAGUUGUUUCACAGUCUGGUUGCUUCCACUUCACAACUGGAGAAUGUUUCCCACCCUUAUGUUCUCUGAGAUGAGGCUUUGAAUAACUUCUGAGCUUCACCUUAUCACAGAGCCUAGGAUGCGUUGGGUUGGAAGGGAUCUCAAAGACCAUCCAGUUCCAACCCCCAGCCAUGGGCAGGAAUACUUCCUCCUGGCCCAGCUUGCCAAAGGCCCCAUCAGUCUGGCCUGGUGAUGGUAGAUGAGGUUUCACUUCUCUUCGCUCAGGUCAUGGCUUGUACAGGAUCAGGACACCACCAUGACCGCAGCCUGUUUCGUCCUUCAGAAUUCAGCUUUGCCCUGCAGUCACUCUGCUUUCCCCUAGCCUCAGAUGCUUGUUUGAGCAGCCAAGGGCUGCUGCCUCAUGAUGUCAUAGUCACAGAACUGUUGGGGUUGGAAAGCCCUCCAAGAUCAUCCAGUCAACCAAUUGUCCAAGAUCAUCAUCAACUCAGCCCCAUCGUGGCCACUAAAGCAAGGCCCCAAGUGCCAUGGCCAGAUCUUUCUGGAGCACCUCCAGGGACAGGGACUCUGCCAUCUCCUUGGGUAGCCUGUGCCAAUUCCUGACCACUCUAUCAGGAGAGGAAUUGUUCCUGAUCACCAAUCCAAACCUCCCAGCUUGCUUUCCCACCACCCCAUGUCUGGUCCUCUCUGUGCCUUGCUGAAGCUCAGAAUUGGCCAGCACGCGUUAGUUGGCAGUGCCCAGUGUGCCUUUUGAGCCUGAACCUGCAGAGCAUUUUGGACUUGCUGGAGUGGUGCUGGAUACAUCUUUCAGUGACUGCAGGAAGAGCCAAACCAUCAGCAUCUCCAGAUCACGAGAGGCAGCCUGGCAAGCUGAUGUUCCCUACCAGAGUGGUUUGUUCUGGCCAUUGAAAGCAGGAAUGCUGCCAGCAGCUCCUGGAGGUUUAUGCAUUCCACUCUCAGUGAAAUUUGCUGCUGCCUAAGCUGGUGACCUGUUGAUUUGAGAAUUGUCUUUCCAAAUGUCUGGCAUGGAUCUGAACCAGGAAAAGUGGAGGUCCUGAAGUUAGUGGAUACUGACAGAGAGUUAAAGCCAUCUGUGUCCGAAGGGCUGCUGAAUCACGCAGCCUCCACAGCUGAGAGCCACCCAGCAGUGCUGGGUCUGAAGCAAGGAGGGCUGGAAGUGCUGCUCUCUGCAUCUCCUCCACAGAAAGAAGCAGCCAACCUGUGACACUUGAGCCGAGAUUCCUAUCCUGCUGAGGUUCCUCCUGCUGAGGUCCUUGCCCUGCUCAGCAGCAGGGCUGGGGAGGGGCAGGACUCCCUGGGCCUGAGCAGAAGCAGCUGUGUCUGCUGGGAAGAACUAGCGGGCAGCAGUUAGCAGCCCUGCCUCUGCCAUGCCCAGCCACUCCUUUCUGGGCACUGUGGCUGCAGCAGUGGAGGGUGGGUGCUGUGAGGUCGCAGGGAUCUGGUUUGUUUGCAGACUAUUCCUGUGCAGCUUCUGCAGUGGUGCUGGUUCUUUGUGCAGCAGAGGGGGAAGCAUUUCUAAUAAAACCUCCUCCUGCA